AUGAUCGCUCACCAGAACGUGAGGCCCGGAGUCACACCAUCGAUUCCGGCCCUUACGUUCUCGAUCGAGGACUUGUUCCAAGCCCUCACGCUGAUAACUGGCCGCGACUUUGAUGAAGCUUGGCACCUCGUCGUGCUGCAGCUUGUUGCAAAUGAAGCUGCUGCUGACACAGAUGCUGCUGCUAUCAUGACCACGCCAGUCACAGCCCCCAUCAUUGCUGCUCCCACUGCAGCCACCAUUGCAGCCCCGGCCGCAGCAGCUGUCGUUGCUGCUCCUGCUGCUGCUCCCCCCAUCAUUCCGGCUGCAGCCCUCAUCGUCGCCGCUCCUGUUGCAGCUGCUGUUAUCGCCGCUCCAGCCGCCGCCCCUAUUGUUGCCCCUCCAGUGGCUGCUGCAGUCGCCGCUGCUCCUGUCAUCAAUGCUCCCGUGGCUGCCCCCAUCACUGCUCCUCUGAUUGUCACCCCUGUCAUUGCAGCUCCAGCUGCCCCGGUCGCAGUUAUUCUCAACGCUGCUCCAGUUGCUGCUCCGGCAGUUGCUGCUGGCCCCACGGCUCCUGCUGCCACUGGUGGUGGCAACGCACCUCUGCCGAACAAUACUCAGGAUGUCCUGAGAGCUGCCAUCCAGGCAGCUCUCGCUCAGGCUAACCAGCCAGUGCCAGUGCUUCCAGGCAGAUGGUAUGUGGUCACUCGGGGACGUGGAGCGAUCGGUGUGUUCCAAGGCUGGCACAGCAUAUCACCUCUUGUGUCUGGCAUGCCCACGGCCGUCUGUGAGCACGUCGCCAGUUGGGAUGUCAGCUUCCAGCAGUUCCGUGAGGCAGUCGCUGCAGACAACGUCCAACUGUUGCCGUGA